UGCCUCUCUAUUUCACGAUAUUUGUUAACGUGUUCUUACAUACACUUUCAUUUCCAAUUCCCACUCUAGCUAUAUAUAUACAUUUCUAUACCUUCGUUUCCUUGUAUUAUAUCUUCCAUUCAUUCUCCUCUCUACUUCCCAUAAGAAACAGUUUUUCUCUAUUGGUUUCUUGAUCUUGUUCUUUACAUGGCUGAGAAACAAGCCCAUCUGAAUGGAGCCUACUAUGGCCCCUCGGUUCCACCAGCUACAAGGAGCUACCACCGCCCUGGUCGUGGCUCUGGUUGCGGAUGUGGCUGCUGUCUUUUGAAAUUCCUCUUCAACAUCAUCAUCACUGCUGUGGUUGUCAUUGGCCUUGCUGUUCUUAUCUUCUGGCUCAUAUUCCGCCCGAACAAGGUCAAGUUCCAUGUGACAGACGUCUCACUCACCGAAUUCAACCUCACUACCAACAACACUUUGCAUUACAACCUGGCUGUUAACAUGACAGUGCGUAACCCCAACAAGAGGAUUGGCAUAUACUAUGAUCGUAUCGAGGCUAGGGCUUACUACGAGGACCAAAGAUUAAAUACGCAAACUUUGACCCCGUUUUAUCAAGGACACAAGAAUACUAGUUUCUUGAAUCUCGUUUUCAGUGGGGAGCAAUUCGUUAUGCUUGGUGCUGACCAGACUUCCCAGUUUAAUGAAGAGACGACUAGUGGGAUUUACAGUAUUGAUGUGAAGUUGUACUUGAGGAUUAGGUUCAAGGUUGGCAGGGUCAAGACUGGCAGGUUCAAGCCUAAGAUUUCUUGUGACUUGAAGGUACCUUUGAGCUCUGCCAAUGGUGGCUUGGUUGGUGCCGCUGAAACCACCAGGUGUGAUUGGGACCUCUGAUCAGCAGAACGGCUCUGAUUCAUUUGUUGAUCGAGUCUUUGAUUCUAUUUUCAUAUUGGGAUUUACACUAUUUAUUCUUUUGUUUUUUCUUUUACCCAUUUUAUAUACAGCGGUCUUGGUUCUGAGAUGUACACUGGUUAUUAUGUCUGAUUGUUUAUCAUUUUGUUUCAUGGGUUACUUUUUGUCACAUUUAUGUGAAUAAAUAAUAAAUUUUAGUGGUUCUUUUAA